AGCAAACUGAAACCACGUAAAAAUCACAAGAUUUUCAAUGAAGCAAUAUAAAUCAGUAAUGCGGUGUUGCUUCCUUGCUGUUUAUACCCUCUGAACCUUUGUGUAAUUUUCCGAUGUGUAUAUAUGUUGAUAAGAAAACAGAUGCAUGUGGCUCCCGAUAAAAAUCAAUGACUGGAGGAGUUGCAUUAUUGUUUUGAAUUCCCCAUAACAAGUCCACUUUUAGGUGCAAAUAGCAUUGCUCAUGCAGAAAAUGUAAUCUUUUGAAAUCCCCAAAACAAAAUCAAUACAGUAUUGCAUUUUUGGUUCACUUUCAGGAAGAUGCAACCUCCGUAGAAUGGUAAACUACUGUCUGAGAAGAUAUUACAAUGUGUUCCUUCAUCUGAAAUCCUGUAGCAGAACUACUUACCUUCAAGCCAUCAGAUUUUCCUCCGUAUAUCCAGUUACUCACUCACACAACCCAGAUAUUUUAACCAGUAGACGUCGAACCCAAAGGCAUGAAUUGGCGAAACUCUUACAAUCACCCCCAAGAAACAACCCCGUCAUGUACUGCAAAACAAUUCAUGGUCAAAUUGUUGUAUCAGGUUUUGAAUCCAAUAUCUUUCUUGCCAACAUUCUCAUCUCCUCGUAUUCAAAAGUUGACUCUUUAGACGACGCACGUGUUAUGUUUGAUAGAAUGACUGAAAGGAACUUGAUAACUUGGUCUUCUGUUAUUGCUAUGUACACCCAACAUGGGUAUAAUGAAGAAGCAUUAGUGGUGUUUACGGAGUUUCGAAGGAGUUGUGACGAAAAUCCAAAUGAGUUUGUGUUGGCUAGUGUCAUUCGUGCAUGUACCCAGUUGGGUGGUGUUGAACAAGCCACCCAAUUGCAUGAUUUUGUUGUUAAGACUGGUUGUGAUCAAGAUGUCUAUGUGGGUACUUCUUUGAUUGAUUUUUAUUCGAAAAAUGGCGUUGUAGACGAAGCAAGACUGGUUUUUGAUGAGCUAUUGAUAAAAAGUGCGGUUACUUGGACUACCAUUAUUACGGGGUAUGUGAAAAGUGGAAAGGGUGAAAUUUCAUUGCAGUUGUUUAAGGAAAUGAGGGAGACUGAUGUUGUUCCUGAUAGAUAUGUGCUAUCCAGUGUUUUGAGCGCUUGUUCAAUGCUUGAGUUUCUUGAAGGAGGGAAGCAAAUUCAUGCUUAUGUGUUAAGGAGAGGAACCGAGAUGGAUGUUUCAGUGAGUAAUGUGCUCAUAGAUGUCUACUUAAAGUGUGGUAGAGUGAAAAAUGGACGAAAAGUGUUUAAUCAUAUGGUAGUUAAGAAUGCUAUUUCCUGGACCACAAUGAUUUCUGGGUACAUGCAGAACUCUUUUGAUUGGGAUGCCAUGGAAAUGUUUGCGGAAAUGAGCAGAUUGGGUUGGAAGCCAGACCCGUUUGCUUGCACUAGUGCUCUCACUUCGUGUGGUUCGCUUGAGGCUCUAAAACAGGGUAGACAAGUGCAUGCAUACACAAUUAAGGCCAAUCUUGACUCAGAUGAUUUUGUGAAAAAUGGUCUGAUUGAUAUGUACUCCAAAUGCAAUUCACUGACUGAUGCAAGGAAAGCUUUUGCCGAUAUGGUCGAUCAUGACGUGAUAUCCUACAAUGCAAUGAUUGAGGGAUAUUCAAGACAGGAAAAGCUGUCUGAAGCAUUGAAUCUUUUUCGUGAAAUGAGGCUUCAACCGGUCUCACCAAGCCUUUUGACAUUCGUCAGCCUUCUUGGUGUAUCCGCUUCAAUAUCUGCGUUAGAAUUGAACAAGCAAGUUCAUGGUCUCAUCAUAAAAUUUGGAUUCUCUAUGGAAAUUAUUGCUGGCAGUGCUGUAAUAGAUGUUUACUCGAAAUGUUCAUGUGUUGAGGAUGCAAGACUUGUAUUUGAGGAGAUGAACGAGAAGGAUAUUGUGGUUUGGAAUUCUAUGUUUUUUGGCUACACCCAACAAUCAAAAAAUGAGGAGGCUCUCGAGCUCUAUUUAGAAUUACAGCUUUCAAGACAAAAACCAAAUGGGUUUACUUUCGUUGCCCUAAUCACAGCAAGUAGUAACCUAGCAAGUCUACACCAUGGUCAGCAGUUCCAUUGCCAGCUCAUAGGGAAAGGUCUAGACUUCGAUCCAUUUGUCACAAAUGCACUAGUGGACAUGUAUGCCAAGUGUGGACGUGUAGAAGAGGCACACAAAAUGUUUAAUUCCACAGAUUGGAGAGAUGUUGUGUGUUGGAACUCGAUGAUCUCAACAUAUGCACAACAUGGAGAAGCCAAUGCAGCUCUUAAAAUGUUUGAAGAAAUGAUAAAGGAGGGAAUACAACCCAACUAUGUCACAUUUGUUGGCGUGCUCUCGGCAUGUGGCCAUGUCGGCCUUGUAGAAGAUGGAUUCUGUCACUUUGAUUCAAUGCCUAGGUUCGGGAUCGAACCAGGAACAGAGCAUUAUGCCUGCAUGGUUUCUCUUUUGGGCCGAUCCGGUAGAUUGUUUGAAGCAAAGGAGUUUAUUAAGAAAAUGCCAAUACAACCUGCUGCAAUAGUGUGGAGGAGCUUGCUCAGUGCAUGCAGAGAUGCUGGUAACGUUGAGCUGGGUAAAUAUGCUGCUGAAAUGGCAAUAUCAAUUGAUCCAAAGGACAGUGGGUCAUAUGUUUUACUUUCAAAUAUCUUUGCGUCUAAAGGUAUGUGGACCAAUGUUAAAAAGUUAAGGGAGAGAAUGGACUGCAAUGAGGUUGUUAAAGAAGCCGGGUGUAGUUGGGUCGAAAUGAAUAAGGAGGUGCAUGUGUUCAUUGCAAGAGAUAGAACUCAUCGGGAGGCUGAUUUGGUAUAUUCAGUUAUGGACAAUUUGAUUCAGCAUAUUAUGGCAAUGGGAUAUGUGCCUGAUGCUGCUACACUUUCGGUCAAUGAUUGAGGUGAAACAAGUUGUCAAUUUAUGAUCUAAAAGUCUUGUUUGUUGAUGUCAAUCCUUGAGAAUCUGAAUUCAACUGCUCAUCCAAGUGACCUUGGACUUGAAGUUUGCCAUCUAGAGAGCAUCCAAGUUUUGAUAUCUCCAUGAAGUAGCACACUAGUUAAAGUGGUGGCUCCGCCAUUUGGAUCUCCAGUGAUAGUUUCUGAUCAUAUUUCUGUGACCUUGUUGGUGAGGCAUCUAACCACCUGAGUUGCUGGAGCAAGGCAUCUGGUCAAAUGAUGCAGUGCACUGGUUUGGGGUUCAAGCGCGAAGCUCAAAUCCCAAGAGAGUAGGCAAGGAGCAUGAACUUGAGGAUGAAGAUGUUGUGCAGAUCAUCAA